UUCAAAGAUAAUUUUCUUAUAAAUUUACUACCCCACAAAGAAGGUUACAUUAAGAAUAAAACAGUUUUCAUAUCAAACCCACCAUUAAUCAGUGAUCAUGGUACAGCUUGAGCUUUUAACUUCCCUUCUCCUCUUCAUUCUUCUUCUUCUUUUUCUUCUCUUCAUCAAGACUUGCUUCACUUAUGCAAUUAAAAGCAACAAAUCAUCAUCUCCUCCAACAAAGUUGCCCAUAUCCUAUCCUUUAAUAGGCUCAAAUCUCACUCUAGUCGCAAACAUGGAGCGAUCCAAUCAAUGGAUCAUAAAGCUUCUUCAAAACACUACUGCAACUCAUAAUGGAACCAACAUCCUUGACCAAUCUCUUGGCUAUCCCCAACUCAUAACUACCAAUCCCCUUAACGUCCAACACAUUCUUAAGACGCAAUUCUACAUAUACCCAAAAGGUGAUAUCUUUCGAGAUGGCCUCUCUAGUUUUCUUGGUUCUGGAAUCUUUAAUGCCGAUGGAGAGAAAUGGAAGUUCCAAAGACAGAUCUCUAGCCAUGCUUUUAAUACCAAAUCUCUCCGAAAAUUCGUCGAGACAGCGGUGGAGGUCGAGCUCCAUAAUCGCCUUCUUCCUCUCCUCUCCAUGACCACUACUCAAAAAUCCGUUCUUGAUCUGCAAGACAUACUUCAGAGAUUUGCAUUUGAUAAUAUCUGCAAAAGUGCAUUUGGGUUUGACCCAAAUUAUCUUUCCCCUUCAUUCCCACAACCAGAAACAGAAUUUGCAGUCGCAUUUGAAGCAGCUACACUACUAAGUACUAUGCGAUUUGGUUCAAUAUUCCGAUGGAUAUGGAAAUUGAAAAGGGCACUCGAUAUUGGGUCUGAGAAGCAAUUGAGAAUAGCAGUUUUGUUCCAAGCAGGGCCAAGGAUUUGUUUAGGGAAAGCUAUGGCAUUCUUGCAGAUGAAGGGGGUGGUGGCCGGAGUUAUGAGACAGUUUAGGGUGGUGCCGGCGGAGAAUGGUUUUGAGCCGGUUUUUGUCGCUUACUUGACUCCCAAAAUGAAAGGAGGUUUCCCUGUGAGAAUUGAGGAGAGGGGUGGAGAGUAGAGACUUGCAGGUCAUAUAUAUUUGGUUAAUUAACCAGUGUUCUGGUUUUAAACUCAUAUGGGUCCUCCCCCACCCUCCCUUCCUUCCUUCCUUCCUUCCUUCCUUCCUUCCUUCCUUCUUCCUUCUU